AAGUUAUUAAGUCAUUUUCUGCAGUUUAAUAGGUUAUAACAGAAUCAGUUUUAAAAAGAAACCGCAGACCAAAAAGUGUUCGGGAAUUACGCCCCUCCCCACUUCGAUUUGAAAUUUCAGGUCAUGCGUCAUGUUCUAAACCUGGGUGUUGUCCGUAGCAACGGCGCCAGAAGCAUCAUAUAAGUGUCGGUUUUGCGCCGUUUCCUGGUUUCUACUUCGCACCAUGUAGAAGUCGAAUCAAAAUAUCACUAAACCUGGCAUCGUGGGAGGGAAACUUUGGCGCGCGUUGUUGUAUUGGCAGAGUUCCUGAAAGGAGCACAUGUUUCGUUGACGUAGCCACAUAUCUUAGGUGGCAGUCAGUUGUUCAUCACAAGUUUUGAUUGUGUAGAAGGUUUAUAAGUUUUCCUUCGUGAUGUUCAUGAAAGUGGUAGUAAUACAGAGUAGUGAUGGUUUACAUUGGUUCGAAUGUUUAAGUAAUAAAAUGGUUACUGAGAUUUCACGAGUGUGGAAUGGCAGAUCGCAAAGGAAUUGUCACAAGUAUCCGAGCUAUCGCACAGUAACCAACAAACGUCGGCAGCAUCCGAGGCUAUAAGAGGAGUCGGUAAGAAUGUACGCCGCGGCGGGGGGCCUGUCCCUUGCCCGGAGACAGGCAAGACGCCAACAGCGCCUGCAGGCUGCCGAGUGCCAGCGCUCGACGUACAAACCUCCAUCGACACCACUACUCCCAAUCCGGCACCAACAAUCCCUUCAUCUUGAAGUACAAAAUCACGAUGAGUUGCUACAAAUGUCCAGGGAAGCGAAGUCCCAAUUGCUCCAGCCUCCGAGUUACUCGGAAUUCAAUGGUCGCAUCACCAGUUUCGGUAGCGCGGAUUUAUCCCCAGAGGGCAAGGCGGCAUGGCAGGAGAGAGACCGACAGCGGAGGGCGUCAGCCGCCGAGGUAGCCGUCAACCACCGGAUCAAAGCGACGGAAGCUCAUCGGCGAUGGAUGAAGAAGAACAGAAUCCACGACUCGUCGUUCAGCGGUAGCAGUUCGGACGACGAGGACUACGCCGGGGGUCUGUACGGGCAUCAGAACUCGGCUGCCAACGCCCUGCUCUACGUCGGUCUGGGCACUAUCGCCAUUGGCCUCGUCAUAUCCUUCGUCGGAACAGGAGAGAAAGGCUUCAAGACGUUGGAGCUCCGUCUCAUCGGCCCCACGCUGAUUGGCAGUGGCUUGAUGUGCUGUCUCAUCAGGAUUUUCCUCUGCGUCUGCCCUUCGAAAUGUUUCCAGCGACGUCACAAACACAGACAUCGCCAUAAGAAUUCUGUAAAGAGCAGUCACCUCGGCGACCUCCUACAGCAGCCAUCUGCAGGACAUUUCAAUCAUAACAGUUUCUUCGGAACUGCAAACAGUGAUUCCAAAGAUCAUAAUCGUACAGAAGACAUAGCGAUGGCAGAUCAAACCAAACUUCUUCGAAAUAAUAUCAACAAGAAGACUGUGUCCAUUGUAACUACACCAGUUGAAACAGCAACGACAUCUAACUUACCAUCAGGAUCUUCCGGACACAACCACCGCCAACAAAAUGACAUAUCAUUAUCAUCAUCAUUGUUCUUGAAGCACGAACGACAAUGUUCGACCUUCAGUAACCGCGCUCACCCAUUGCAAAUCCCAACGAUCAACAUUCCUAACUUCGUUGGUAGCAACGACGACGAGGAAGAUAUUUUAGGAUCACGUCAAGAAUCCAAGCGAAAACACAGCAGUUCGUUAGAUUUAGAACUGCAGAAAUUGGACUCAGGUAGUUUUGAUAUAAGUACUUUUGAAAGUAGCAACGAGAUUGGUGGAAUUUUACGAGUCGCCGGAAGUGUCGAGGGUUCUGGAAGAUAUCGUGACGGUGAUAAGCGAAGAACAUCUUUGACUAGUGUUCAUAGAAAUGGCGGCGCGACACUAGCGAUCUCAAAGGCGGUGGCGGCAACUACUGUGACUUCUCCUCCGUCUACGAGGAUCGGGCUCGUAAACCCUGACCCCGACGCCCAUAAACUGGAAGAAGAACUGGAAAUGUCAUCGGCGAUUUCAAAAGACCUGCACGACCCAUUGUCUUCUUAUUCUUCCCUUGGUAAACAUUCGGACAUUGACAGUCUGUUGCAGAACGAAAUAGUUCUUAGUCCGUCGAAACUGCAGCAGACAGGAAGAGACACGUGAGGUGAUUAUAUAAACGUGUUCUUCUCGGGUUCGUCUUGUUUCCAGCUUUUACAAUUUCUUUCCUUUUUACUAUAAAAUAAAAUAUAACAAAUAAACCUCUAGAAUAAUGACGCCAAAUGAUUUUAAACAUUCCACAGACUAACGACAAUUAUUAAUUUAUUAAUAUUAUCUCUAACCUUAUAAUUUCAUUUUGCUCACGAAUGGUUUCUCCGUUAAAACGAUUAAAAUUUAAAAAAAAAAAAUCACACUAAAGACGAUGAUCCCAUUUCAAAUGAUACCCAGUGGUCACUCUUUUUCCUACCAGAGCUGUUUAUCGUAUCACUGAAGGGACAACACGUUCUCAAAGGUCUCAUUUGUCUCUCUGAUCGAUAUUUUAUCUCCCUACAAUCGUUCUCAAUACUCGUGUAAACAUUUACUCCGUGUUACACGACCAGAUAUUUUGAUACAUCGACGAUACACAACUGUCAAUAUAGGCCUACGUAAUAGACAGUUGAAUGAGUGACUGGAAAUGGCAGCCUGUACUCACACGAAAAUAUACCCCACGUUCCAGAUCUUGAAUAGAUUCAAAAUUUGGUCAUAAAAACAGCGGACACGUAGAAUUUCUCGUGUUUAUCUAAGGGUCCUCCUUAGCACCUAAUGGGACAAAGUUGGCGUCAUUCUUCUAGAAUUAGCUGGAUAAAAUAAUAAUAAUAAUAAUAAACAGACAUAGUGUGCCUCAUUUGCAGACUUUUUACUGUGACUGAGUCAUAGAAAUGUAAAAUUGCACAAUUAGACAAAUUGAAGUUACCAUCAUAUACAGCGCGUCCCACAAGUUCCCAGCCGUAGGAGAAUUAUAUAAUUCGGCAAAAUACGGAAAAAAAUGUAAAGAGAGGAGAAGUUCUUGCAAGCCUUUCGUUUCUGGUCUCGGGUGUUGGGAUUUCUCGCCCACAAAGAUCAAUUUUCUUCAUCGACAAAAAAAGUUACGUCGGCACUGCACUUCCGAGGUCGUUGGUAUUUUCCUGGUUUCACCCAAUUCGUGUUCAGUGCAUCCCUCAGUGUCUUUUUCGCCGCCAUUUGUCUCUGCCCGGGGCAAAAGCCCCCAUUCUCUGUCAUGUCAACGUGGCAACGUCGCAUUCUAUCGUCCUAUCUGAAGAAUUGCAACACCUAAGCUUCAAAGACACGAUUUGCAACAAUUUCUCUCUCUUUAUACAAUUCCGUAUUUUGCCAAAUAACCGAGUUCUCCAAUGGACGGGAGCUUGUGGAACACCCUGUAUAACAUCGCUUUACCUGUGCACAAUCUUCGUAAAAUUUUCAUUUCUUUAGCUGCUGGUAUCAAGGAGGAAUGUAAGGUACCCGUGGGUAAUAAGACCUGCCUGAGGAUAAAACGAAAGUAAAAUGCUUAGAAAAGAAGUUUUUCUGAAAAAUAUACGUCCAUAUGCGCUAUUUUAGGAAUCAUCUCGGAUAUAAACAAGCAAUUCAGCAUUAUGGGUGUUAAAUCUUUGAAAUUAAGACGUACGACUGAGUCUUGAUAAUUGGAUCGGCCAUGUAAUGCACGUAAUUACCGAAACCCAGAGUGCCGGGCUUUGUUACUCGCAGGAACCUUAUUACAAAACUGAUUGCGGUAAAUACUACAUAAUAGUAUAUAAUAAUAAUAAUAAUAAUAAUAAU